UUUUCAUGUACUUGGCGUAAUUUUUUUACUUUUUUGAAGUUUUUUAUGGGGAUAGAUCAGUGACUAGACUAUAGUUUGAGCAGUUCAUGUAUGUAUGGUCGAAGGUGGUUCCGGUAUUAUCCUAUAGCAAAUUUAUUUUUUGAGGGAGAACAAACGUACGCCGUAACAUAACCUACCCGAGCAUCGUUUAGCAUUCUCGAGUGAGUUAUUUUAGGUGAUAACGUAUGCGAUAGAUAUUGUGUGAAAAAAUGGGCAAAGCGUGUUGCAUUAAAAAUUGUAGAAAUUCGUCAAAGCUGAAUCCGGACGUUAGUUUUCAUAAAUUCCCAACAAAACCAGAUGAACUUAAAAAAUUUGUCGCAGCAAUACCUCCAAGCUUGCAGCUGAAAAUAACGAAAUUCAGUACGAUCUGUAGCAAGCACUUUACUCCCGAAUCAUUCCAGCCCAUAAUAACUGCAACUGUUCUGCGUCGAUUGAAACCACAAGCAGUCCCUACAUUGUUUAAUUAUAAUUUCCGUAGCUCAGUUAGUUUGAAUUCUACAGUGAUGAGUACUCAGUUGUAUGAGGUAAUAACAUGCAAACCUUUAGUUUCACAUACUAAUAGGGUUUGUGAAAAUUCGAGUAAUAAUUUAGUAUAUCGAACAUCAACAGCUAAUGUGUUGUGUCAAACUUCGAGCACUAAUAUGGAAGAAACGAGUACCUCAAUGAAAAAGGACGUUGGUGUCCAAACAGAGGAUAGGUAUUUAUCACCAUCAGAGGAAGUAAUGCAGUUGCGGAACAAAGUUAGAAUACUGCAAAAACGAUUGCAGCGACGAGAAACCAGAUUAAACAGCAUGACUAACGUUAUUCAACAUUUGAAAAAAACUGGUUAGCAUAGAGCUUAAUGAAUAAGAAAUACUUGUGCGUUGUAUGAGAAAUAUAGAUUAGAGUGAAGAAUAGCAAGUUA